AUGGAGGUCAGGCUGGAAGUUUUGACGUCAACCACCAUCAAGCAGAAGAGGCCCUGGCCUCGCGUCUCCUGGCUGGGCCAGGAAAAGGAAGCUGUUUUCCUUCUGGACGAGAACCUCAUCAGUGAAAUCAAUUUGCUGUCGGGAAGGACGAAGAAGAAGAUCCCUCGCCUGCAGCCUGUCCUGAGGCAGCUUGCUGUGCUCGCCACGUCCAGUAACGAUGCCUGGCUGGCGGGGCUCCUUACUACUGGGGAGCUUUUCCUUUGGAACAAAGAUCAAGAUUGUUUGAAGACAAUCCAAGCAACUGGAGAGCCUAAGGAAAUGAUUAAGGCUGCAGUAGCAAGCUCGCUGAGACUCUAUUUGUAUGUAUCUGGAGAUGGACAAAGAGUUCUGAUUAUAACUCCUUCUGGAUGCAUACUUCUUUGGGAAUAUUUGGAAUGCAGGAAUAUCUUGUCUUCUAAAAGCCCGUCAUUGAUGGGCCAGUGGUCCCAGAUCACACCUGAGGAAGCAGUGCAUCUGCCUUCCGCGGAAGAUAAAGAGGCUGUGGUGCAUGCUGUCUUCAUAAACAAUGAGCUGCUGGGAGACUGCUGCUUGUGUGCCUUUGCCUUUUAUUCGGGGGAGUGUCUGAGGUUGACAUUUCUAGCGAUUCGGUGGUGUGAAAGUGUGUUCCCGCCUGUGAGAACGUGGCCAUACCGUGUCCAUUGGGCACAGCAAGAUUGCCUUCUGGGUAGUCUGAGUCCUGCGUGUGAGUCAGUCAAGUCGAGAGGAGCUCUGAUCUCUGCCUUUUCAAGAGACGGCCUGACCCUGGCAGUGACCCUGAACCAGAGAGACCCGAAGGCAACUCAGGUAUUAUUUGUCAACACACUGAAUUUUGUUACUCUCUGUGGCAGCCUCAAAGGCUGUAGCAAUAAGAACCCCAUGGUUCCUGCUUCCCUUGUCAGGUCCUACUGGGUAGGCGACAUCAGCUGGACUCAUGACAGCCUUUUUCUGGCCUGCAUGCUGAAGCGUGGCUCCCUGGUCUUACUGACGUGCCAAGGUGAACUGCUCACGUUGAGCACGCGUGGCUGCUCGGUGGAAUUCGGGCCAGCUGAGUUUAUUCCCCUCCACCCGCUCAUAACAUACCGGCCACCGCAGGGCACAUUUCCAGACUCGGCUCCUUCUGUGGACUCGGCCGCGUCGGCCAGCGACCCGAUGCGGCAGAGGUUUUCCGUGAAGACCCACUCCCGGCUGCCCUACCUCGUCGCCUCUGACGGCUACAUGGUCACCACCCUCCGCUUCCUCGAUGGCCUGUCCCCCUCGGCGCUGCUGCGGGCGCUGCUGCUGGACGCCGCCCGGCGGCUGGAGAGGGCGUACCGCGGCCUGGCGCUGUCCGAGCCCCGAGGCAGAGGGCUGAACCUGCGGUCUCUGGGCUCCCUGAGGUCCAGCCUGUUAAAGCGCCAAGGAAGCCAGCGGCCAGCGGACCCGCCCGUCCCCCGAUUCCUGCAGGAAGAAGAGACGGGGAAGUCGCAGGAAAAGGCAGGUUGGCAGGAUUUUGAAGCAGAAGACCCCAACGAAAGCGCACACUUUCCAAACAACCUGCCCUCUCUUGGGGACAAAAACAAGGAUCCAUCGCUCAGGGGCGCCGAGGAGGGGAGCCUGGAGUUCGCGUCUAUGUUCGACACGAUGCGUGCGGGGGACCCCGCCUCGGAGGCGGACGGAAUGGUCUCGGACCUGCGCUCGGUCCACAGAAACCUCCUGGCCGCCUGGACCGUGGGGGUUUCCAAACACGUGCCGGAGAAGAGCGUCAUGCUGAAUUACACAGUCGUUUGUUUUACCUACUUCCUCCACAUCCUUCAGUUCAUCAAGCGUCCUCUCCCCGCCCUGGGUCCCUCCUUAGGCAGGAGCCGCGGGCACCCCCCGUGGGUGCUCUGCGUCUUCCAGCUCCUCGGGCAGUGCCUGUGCGCCGCGCCCUGGGACCUGCGAGGCCGGCCGGCCGUGCGGCCGCUGCUGGCGCUCACGGCCCGCGCCCUGCAGCUCCUGCUGGCCCGGCCGCGGGGCCGCUGCUCCCGGAGGCUGGCCGCCUGCUUCCAGCUGCUCGGGAUGGUGGCCGAUCGCUUGGACGGCGCAGACCGCCUCCAGCCCGAGGUCUCGGCCGCGGCUGGUGGGAGUGGAGCAGCCCGUCAGGACUCCCUGGUGGUUCCCCUUUUCCAAACCUUUCAGGACGGCGCCUCCCGGGACGGCUGGCCUGGGAGCGCGCCUCUCAGGACCCGUCCUCCAGGAGCAAACCUCGGUCAGCAGGCAGGACGCAGGCUGGUGUGUCUGUGGCGCGUGCUGUAUAAGAAGACACUCUGGUAUCAGGCCCAGCUAAGUCGAAGCGUUCCUGAAGGCGACAGGCCGCUCCCUGCAGAGGCGGCCCAGGAGGCCGCUGCCGUCCGGUCCCUGCUGGGUCACAUCCAGGCGCGCCUGCAGGCGGCCGGAGCCCGCCUGGGCCAGACCUUACAGCUCAAGCCCACCAGCGGUGAAGAGUGCUUCCUGCUGGGAUCCUAUGAAAAGGCUGUUGAACUGUGGAGGAAAGCUCUGCAGGAAACCCAGGAGAACGGAGGAAGGAGGACCUGCUUUCUUCAGAUGCGCUACUACCUGUCCCUUUUGUACUGCCACCUGUACAGCUAUAACUUAAACGAUGCCCAGGGACUGUGCGAUCAGCUGGUGAGAGAACUGCUGAGACGGUCCCGCCUGCCUGUAAGGGACAAUGGGGAGAGUUCGGCUCCCGCGCUGGGCCUGCCCGGGCCUGUGCACCCCGAGGCCGCACGGGGGGUCGUCCAGUCCCUGGCCCGGUUCAUGGCCGCCUAUUUCACCGGCCGGCGGCUCUGCGUCCUGCCCCCGCACCACGUGGGCGUCCUGCCGCCCCUGCACGGGGAAGCAGGGCCGGGCCCGCGGCGCCUCCCCCUGCAGCGCGCGGCGGCGGCCCGGGCGGUGCAGGAGCAGGGCCUGGGCGGCGUGUGGACGGCGGACUACGCGCUGGAGCUGCUGUUGCUGGGCGGCCUGGCCCCCGAGGCCGUGCGGCUGGCGCGGGAGCUCGGGGCCUGGAAGACGGCCGUGGCCAUCGGCGUGGCCUGCCAGCUGGGCCGCCGGGGCCGCGGCUUCCCCAGGUUCAGGAAAAAGGGCCGGGAUCUGCCGUCCAGCUUGACUCCCGCCCGGAUUUUCCAGGAGAAACUCCGGUGUCUUUUAGGUCAGCCGGCCUCUUCAGAAGCAAAGAGAGAAAUGGGCUCAACAUACAAACAGUUUACAGACCCCAUCGAGGAGGAGGACGCGCAGCUGCUGCUGGGCGCCGUGCGGGAGGUGCUGACGGCCGCGGCCAUGGCCCAGGCGGACGUCCUCUCCGAGGCCUGGCCGCUCCUGGUCCGCUCCGCCCAGGACUGCAGCCGGCGGCUCUGGGGCCUGGUGCCCGGCGGCCUGUACCUCCCCGCCCCGCCGCUGUACUGCCCCCAGCCGGCCCUGCUCAGCCAGGAGGACGCUGACGACCUCCCGGUGAGAGCGGAGAAGGAGAACCGCCAGAAGGUGUCCGGGAUCCUGCAGCGCCUGCUGCUGCUCCUCCGCGCCGCGCGCUGCUCCUUCCCGGCCGCGCAGUGGUACAUCCUGCAGCUGCGGUGGGCCCGGAAGGUCAUGGGGAAGAUUCGAGCGAAAGGGUCCCUCCCCGCCCUGAGCCCCUUCCCUCAGUCACUGCUGCAGCACUGCCUGGGCGGCGUGGCCUUCUUCCGGCCGGGAGCCACGGGCGACGGCAAGCUGGACGAGGCUUCCGUUACAGCAAUAGGGUGCUUCCGGGAGCUGUGUGCGCUGUGCUGGAUGCUGCACGUCCGGGACCAGCUGUCCGUCCGCUGCCGGCUGUACCAGAAGGCCCGCGAGCGCGUGCAGGGGAAGCAGGACCUCCCCGUGGAGUUGGACCCGUGCGCGGUGGAGCACUGCCUGGGGGCGGCCGAGUGGGCGUGCAGGAUGCUGCCCUUCGCCCGGUUUUCCAACGUCGAGGAGCUGAUUCAGGACCUGAUUUUGAGCCUCAUUGGAGACCUGCCGCCGAUCAGACAGGUCGCAGACAUUUUCGUGAGAGCAUUUCCCAAUCCUGAGGACAUAAGGGUUCCUUUGAGAGAAAAAUACCACGCUCUCCAGCAGAGGCUCAGCGCCUGCGUCGUGAAAGGCCCCCUCAGCGAGGAGCCCCUGUCUGUGGCCAUGCGCUCCAUCCGCAGAGUGAGGGCCAAGGCCCUCCGACGCGUGCAGAGGAACAUCGGGCCCUUCGAGACCCACGUCUGGGAGCCCGCGGAGGACAAGCCCGCCGAAGGUCCCGGGUUCGAGGGCUGCUCCCUGGGGACGAGCCCGAGCGGGAGCACACUCACAGACCUGGGCACGUCCCCGGGCCACAGCACGGCCGACACGCUCUCGGAGGCUCUGAGCUGGACGCAUCUCCAUCGCAGGAAGGCCCCAGAUCACGCGGACGCGGCGCUGACCGCUGAGCCCCGCGGUGACAGGAGCGCGGGGCGCCGGGGAGGGGGCGCCCCGCGGAGGGGGCAGGCGCGGGCGCUGCCCGUGGUCGGCGCCCGGGAGUUUGAGCGGGAGGACGACGAGUACAUGCGGUUCCUGGAGCUGCUCCUGAGCUACGUGCUGGAGCGGGACCUGCAGGGCGGGGAGCCCGGCCCCCCGCUGCUGCCCGGCUUCUCGGGAAGCCUGCGCGAGCGGGAGCUGGACCCCCUGCUGGCCGGCCUGCACGGGGCCCCGGGGGCGCUCCGGGCCGGCUCCUGCUUCCAGCUGGCCCCGGAGCCCGAGGACCCGGGGGGCCCGGCGGCCCCAGCCCCGGGGCCCCCUCCGGAGAGCCUUCGGGGCGCCCCCAGGGACAGCGGGGGCCGGAGCGGCCUGUUCGGGCUGCAGCACAGGGCCCUCUACAGGGCGCACGGCGCCGGUGCCCCCGGGCCUGGCACCCCCAGGGUGGCCGGCCGGACUGCGUGGGCGCCGGAGGGCAGGCGCAGAGGCAGGUGUGUGUUCAGAGCCAUCGGGGGCGCUGACGCCGGCCCCCUGGCCCGGCUCCCUCCGGUGCCGGGGGCGGGGGCGGCGGGCAGCGCGGGGCUGCAGGUGCUGCUGGAGUGGAUGCUGCGCUGGGCCGCCCGCAGGCUGCCCUGCGACCCCAGCCUCCCGGCGCCCCAGGCCCGGCCCGUGCUCCGGCUGACACCCCCUGCGGCUGCCAUUCUGACAUCACUGUGGCUCUCGGAACAGCCCUACGCGGCUCUCUCCGAGGCAAAGAGCGCCACGGCAACGAGUGCCCUUACGGAGGUGCAGGAGCCUCCUCGCCCUGCGUCUCCGAUGGGACCCCCCGGUGAGGGCGCCUGCUCGGCAGCAGGGUCCCGGCCAGGGGGGCCGGGCGGAGGGGAUGGCCCCCCUGAACCUCGGCGGAGCGCCCUGAUAAUGUCAGCUGAAGCCAAAGCCCCUGAAAUGAAGGAACCCACUGAUGAGGGCAUUUCCGACACUGAUGACACUGAUAAACAAUUUGUAGACAUCAUCGAUGAGGACUCUGCAAGAGGAGAAACAUUUACCCGGGAGGACCUGGAGGCCCUCCCACCAGACCACGGAGAAGACGCCAGAGGACCCGUGGGAAGCCCCGAGGGUCCCCACACCAUCGCGGACCCGCAGACGUCUCCACGGCCGUUAGAACACUUGGCAGGAGCGGGUCCGAGCCCCCGGGGGGACCCAGCGGAGACAGGUGCGGAGGAGCAGCCGGCGGCACAGGAUGGGGCGCAGCCCCCGGCCUGCGAAGAGGGGGCGGCCCCGGCUCCGCCCGCGGGGCCCGGUGGGGUCAGCGUGGCCUCCCAGACCCUGGUGCCCGCGCCCCCGCGCGGCCGGCCCCGGGCGCGGCUGCCCGCCUCUCCCGGCUCCGGCGCCGCCAGGCAGAUGCUGCAGGACGAGAUGCUCAAACUAGUUCAGCUGCAACAGAUCAACUUCCUGACGCUGAUGCAGAUGGCCGGGCCCUCCCUCCCCCGCCUCCCGGGCACCCCCACCCCCGGGCUGGCGCCGCAGCCGCAGCCCACACACCCCGAGGGGAGCCCCGCGGGGCGCCCGGGGCCCGGCCCGCCUGGGGGCAGCGGUGGGGACGGCCCCCGGGCGAAGCUGGAGGAGAAGCUGCCAGCCCAGCUCCCGUCCCCGGGGCCGCCCGCUGGGGGGCCGGCCGCUGGGGGGCCGCCCGUGCAGAGCGCCGUGCAGAGCGCCGUGCAGAGCGCCGUGCAGAGUGGCGGAGACCGUUCGCAGAAUGUUCCACCUGGGUGUCUUCCUUGUCCGUUGGAAGGCCAGCCUCGGAACAGCGGUCUGAACUCAGCAGCCGGGAGCUCACUGCCCACCCCGCUGCCCCCGGGCCCUGCUGGCCACGCUGCCCUCCCGCUCCUGGCCGCACCCCCCGGGCCCCCCGCCACCGCCAGGCCGGCCGGGGCCUUCCCGCUGCUCCGGCUGCAGCCCGGCCCCCAGCCCCGGGCCUUCCCUGCGGACCGCGCCCCGGGGAGCCCGCCCCGCGGCUCCCGCCAGCGCCCUGCGCCCCCCGGGAUGCCCCCCGGGGCCUGGAGCCCGCGGCUCGAAGCAGGGCAGAAGCCGGGGCCGGGGACCGGGGUGCCCGAGGCCCCCCAGCACUUGAACUUGGACCAGUACCUGGGGCAGGACACCGGGACGCCUCGGCUGGACGCGGCCUUGUUCCUGCAGCCCCGAGGGUGUGACGUGGCCCCUCAGGGUCCCUUCGGGUUCCCGCUGCUGCACCUGCGGCCGCCCCGCACCUUCACCUUCUUCUCCGUGUCCCGCGCCCCCGGGCCGGCCCCCUGCGCGCCCCUCGGAGCGAGCGAGCGCCCCGGCUUCUCCUUCCUGCCCGCCCGCCCGGCGCCCGAGGACAUGUACAGACACCCACAGCUCACUCUGAUCGAAAACCUCAUUGCGUGUAAACGAAGCCAACCGAGACCGACCCCGGAUUUCCUGGAGCGAGGCGACCCCGGGCUCCUCCUGCUUGGAAAGGACAACGGGGAGCCUCCUCGCGUGCGGCCAGGGCAGGACGGCAAGAAAAGGCAGAGGCGGCGGGCGGAGAGAGAGCUGCAGGAGCAGCGCUCCGAGAAGCAGAGGAGAAGGCCCAGUGCGGCCGAGCAGCCAGACUCCGCCGUGCUGCCUGCCCCGGACUCGGGGGCAGCUGGGAAAGCCGAGGAGCAGCGAGAGCAUCGUGGUUCCCAGACGCUGGAGGCCUUUGAGAUCCCGCUGGAAGCGCUGCAGGGGGACGCGGCCACGGCCGCCGGGCUGCACUACCUGGCCGCUGUGCGCAGCCGCGCGGUGGGCCGCCAGGACGCCAGCACCAACACGGACCCAGAAUGUGAGCCUUUGCCUGUCCGCCAGGCGUUGCCUGCAGAUGUGCUUCCGAAUCUCAGCCUUCCCCCUGGACGGGCAGAGAAGCCGUUGUCACCUUCAGCCUCGGACACGGUGGGACACACUUACAUAAACGUGAUUGACAUUGAAGCCGGCGACCUGCAGGAGCUGCCUGUCAGAGAGCCCUCCGAGGAGGAUGCCCCCCCAUGGCAGGCGGCAGGCCCGUCCCCGGCUGCGUUACAUCACAUGGCCGCGGCCGUGGCCGCGACCCGGGCUGCUGCCCUGCGCAGGGUGAAGAGCCACGGCGAGCCGGAGCCAGCUUUCCAAGGCCAAGAAGAGCGCUCCCAGCCCGCCGCCUGGGAAGGGGAAGGGGAAGGGGAAGCAGAAGCGGAAGGGGGCGGGCUGCGGGCCUACCUGCUGCAGGAGCUGCUGGAGGGCGCCCCCCGCCCCGGCCCCGCGCCCCGCCCCGCAGCGCACCCCCAGCUGCAGCGCCUCAGCUCGCAGCUCCGCAAGAUGGACCAGCAGCUGCUGGCCAUCCAGAGCAUCGCCCACCGCGUGGAGCAGGACUUCCCCGAGCGCGGGAUACUGGGCCCGGCGGCAGGCCGGCACUGCCGGGAGGUUGAAUCUGUGGAUGCCAUUGAAUUGUCUUCUGGCCCUGAGUCUGAAAACACACUGGCUUCAAAGCCCAUUGCCAUUUCCAGAGAAGACUCUGGAUUAGUGCAUUUUCCGGCUCCUAUGAAUAAGGAAGAUCAAAGCAACAAAGAACAGACUUUUGAAGAUGAAUUUUCAAUAACAGAAACUCAUUCUCGUCAAAAAAUGUGUGCGUUUCCUUCUGCCGACUCAGUUCUCAGCCUCUCCAGCGACCAGAAGACAAGUUUUCCUGGUGUGAAUAACAAUGAUGAGUUAUUUCAGAGCGUUUCAGCAGAUCCACUCCAGGUCACUGGGCUGACGGACAUUGCAGACAUUAUUGAUGACCUCAUUACCAAAGACGGAGUUUCCAGCAAAGAACUGGGCUUAACAGAACAACAAGCCAGGAGCAUCUCUAGGAUUCAGCAGUCUUCCAGGAGCCGGUCUGGAAGAACUGCCAAGGAGAGGAGAGAGAUCCAGGUCUGGAUGAGAAGAAAGCGGAGAGAGAGGAUGGCGGAGUACUUACACCAGCUGGCGGAGAGGAGGGGGCAGGAGCAUGACCCCUUCUGCCCCAGGAGCAACGUGUUUUACAUGACUUCAAGAGAAAUCAGGCUGAGACAAAAGAUGAAGCAUGAAAAAGACAGAUUGCUACUCUGUGACCACUACAGUCGUCGAAUUUCACAAGCAUAUAGUCUGAUGAAUGAACUGCUGUCUGAAUCGGUGCAGCUACCAGCACAGAAGCCAUCGCCUAGCAAGCCCAGGACCGCUCAGACUUCCAGGCUGCAAAGCUCCCUUUCGCCAAGAAGAGAGACCCGCUAUGGUCACAACUUUCCAGUAAAUCGACCUGGAAAAGUCAGAUAUAUAUCCAAACCAAGUUAUAUCCCAAAAGGAAAAUCUUUCGGGCAACCUCAGAGCUCACCUUGUCCACAUGGAACUGUCACUUUUACCCAGAAAAAAGCCGGUGGAGCCAGAGGGGCACGGAGGAAGUCUGUGCACUCUCCAGUCACCUUCCGAAUAGGCUCUGCUGCUCCCUGUCUACGGCAUUCAAAACAGUACCGGAGCGCUGGGCCUGGCCCUCACACGGAGCAGGUGUGUGCAGAGGAUGAGAGAGAGGAGACUGUGGUGAGUCCCUGGCUGGUGCCCUCAGACAUCCGCAGGAUUCUUCACGGAAGUCACAGUUCCCUUCUACAAGACCUGUCACCAGCUGAAGAGCCAGCGUCCCCCGCUGGGGAGGGUGGCAUGGACAGUGCCUCUGAGAGCACUGGCAGCAUCCUCAGCAAGCUCGACUGGAAUGCGGUCGAAGACAUGGUAGCCAGCGUGGAAGACAAGAGCCUGUCUGUCCACCGGGCCCUGGGUCUGUAA